UUGUAGAGAAAGCAGGCAUUUCAUCCGCUCACUCAGAGAAGUCUCUGCAGCAACCAUGGCCACUUUCGUGGAGCUCAGUACUAAAGCCAAGAUGCCCCUUGUGGGCCUGGGCACUUGGAAGUCUCCCCCAGGCAAAGUUAAGGAAGCUGUGAAGGCAGCCAUUGAUGCUGGGUAUCGGCACAUUGACUGUGCUUAUGUGUAUCAGAAUGAGAAUGAAGUGGGAGAAGCCAUCCAAGAGAAGAUCAAAGAGAAGGCUGUGAGGCGGGAAGACCUCUUCAUCGUCAGCAAGCUGUGGGCCACCUUCUUUGAGAAAAGCCUGUUGAAGAAAGCCUUCCAGAAAACCCUCUCAGAUCUGAAGCUGGACUAUCUGGACCUAUAUCUAAUUCACUGGCCACAGGGAUUUCAGGCUGGGAAUGAGCUUUUACCCAAAGACAAGAAAGGCAAAGUUCUUAUGAGUAAAUCCACAUUCUUGGAUGCCUGGGAGGGCAUGGAAGAACUGGUGGACCAGGGCCUGGUGAAAGCUCUGGGCGUCUCUAACUUCAACCACUUCCAGAUUGAAAGGCUCCUGAACAAGCCUGGACUGAAACAUAAGCCUGUGACCAACCAGGUCGAGUGCCACCCUUACCUCACCCAGGAAAAACUGAUCCAGUACUGUCACUCCAAGGGCAUCGCUGUCACAGCCUACAGUCCCCUGGGCUCCCCAGACAGACCCUUUGCCAAGCCAGAGGACCCCGUAGUCCUGGAGAUUCCCAAGAUCAAAGAGAUUGCUUCGAAGCACAAGAAAACAGUAGCUCAGGUUCUAAUUCGGUUCCAUGUCCAAAGGAACGUAGUGGUGAUUCCCAAGUCUGUGACACCCUCACGCAUACAGGAGAACAUUCAGGUCUUUGACUUCCAGUUGAGUGAGGAGGACAUGGCCGCCAUUCUCAGCUUCAACAGGAACUGGAGGGCCUGUGGCCUGUUUGCUGCAAGUAAUGAAGAGGACUUUCCUUUCCAUGCGGAAUACUGAAGUUGAUUCACUUGAUGAGAGUCACACCCGGUAGAUUCCUUCUUUCUUGUGUGAAACUCACUCCUCCUGAACCCGGUUUUAGCCAAGUCUCUCAAAAAUCAACCUGGAUGUAGGCUACCACCUGGCAAUGCAGGGUUUAAAAUUUUGUGUUCAUCAAAAAGCAGAGUCUCGCAGGGAAAUGUGACUCCAGAGAAACUAAGGACAAUGGUUCUCACUAGUGAGGGCAUUAUACAGAGAUCUUUGCAAAGCCACUUGAGAUGCUAUCCCAGUCUGAACAAAUGGGACAUGGUGUAGCUUAAGUGACUAGAAGAGACAGAGAUCAGCCAGGCUGCCUGGAAGGGGCUCAUGGGAGCUGAGCCACCUGGAAAGGACUCUUUCCAAUCUGUUGGGCUGCCUCUAGACUGUGUUCCAGGUCUUCUGCUCUCCUGAGCUGUCACUCUUGCUGAUGGGAUUUUGGUGCAGCAUCUGUCUUGAGUCAGUGUUAAGACUCCUUAGUUCGUCAAGAUGGGCUUGGGUGGUAUCUGUACUUUGGUAUCUGCUGUUGGUUCCUUAGCUGGAGUGAGAAGACGCUAGCAGUACACAUCUCUCUAGGAACAGUGUUAUAUGGCAUUUAGAGGAUGUCUUAUUCAAACUACCAUAAUCCAUUACAUGGGCCCCAUAGACAUGUGGUCAUAUUAUAAUGCAAAAAUGCAUUCAGUCCAACUUCAAAAGUCCUCAUAGUCUGUAAGAGUCUCAACAUCAUUUAAAAGUCCAAAGUCUCUUCUUAGAUUCAAGGCAAUCUCUGUCUUUGUCCCUCUCUCUUCCAUCUCUCUCUCUCUCUCUCUCUCUCUCUCUCUUUC